AAACGGGUUUAAAUACAUAAUAGCCAGCUGUUUAGUAAUUAUGUUAUCAAAAUUCAAGGUUUAUGUCAAUUUUUUUUAAUACUUAACUGAUUAUUUUGAAAGGGUUUUAAACAGAGAUAAAAUGGAAAAGGACGGUUUACCGCCGCCGUUCCCUUUGACCGCCGAUGAGGCAGCUUUCCGUCUUCCUCCACCUUCUUACGAAGACAUUAUGGGAGUGUAUCAGACAUCGAUUAAGGAAGUGGAAAUCAGCCGUGAUAUUCCUACGUUGGCCUAUAUAGAUUUAAUGCCAAAAUGUAUUAGCAGCGGAAAUAUAGCGGGGAAUGUGGCGCCGAAAUUUGGGGACUAUAGUACGCUCAUAGACGCGGCAAACCGCUUCCUUAUAGAUAACCCCAACAUGGCUAUAUGGAAAUGUGAGUCUGUGACAAAGAAACUAAGCUGGGACAAGAAAGGAACAAUAAGUUACGAACUGAACACCAUGAUACGUCACGAAGCGACCUUUGGCUUCUUAGUGUUCAUUAAAGGCUUAAGGUUAUGGCUGACAAAAGACCCGAACCCAAGAGGUCCUCCUCAACAGAUCGGUCUGAAGAACAUUGUACCUCGCAAGAUGUCUGUAGAAAUGCCUACAAGAAGAGGCUAUUAUGGUGGUGGUAAAGUUACCAUCGACGGAGAGCAGUACAAAAUGACCAAUGGCUUUAACCAGAUUGAAGUGCUAGAAAAUCUCCGUGACACUAUGGCAAAUAUGAAGGAAACCCUUGAAAACGACCCAUUACCAGGUACAAUCUUGACAAUCGAAACAGACAGAAUAAAAGCAUAUGACCAGUUCAAGAGUGACCUUGACCCGGAGUCAACAUCCUGGUCCGAAAACAAAUCACGGUUCCGGAGGUUCACACAAGUUAUCCGAAUAUUUUAUAUAAAGGGGACCCCGGCCAAGGAAGAAAUAGGUUAUGAAGAAUUUGUACCAGAGGUAUGUGCUGUGGGUGACUCCCUCAAACCUGCCCAGUUCGAACCGUUCGAGAACCUCAUGACCCGGCUUGCUUAUUGGGUAUCAGCUAAUAAGGGACAACGUAUUGUGAAUAUUCAACAGUAUGACGCCAUAGUGAAUAAAUAUUUUCACGAUGUAGAGGUCUGUUCUGACUCUACGGACGAUUUCAUCUCAACGUUCCAAGAGCAGCGUUUUGCGCGGACACUUCGAGUAUUCUACACCAAGUCGUCUGCUGUGCGCGCGCUUCCCGCCAAUUUCAUAACAUGUCGUCUGUUUAUACCCGCGCGCACUGGUCCCCGAACUUUUGAAUGUAUGACACAGACGAUGAACAGGAUUGAUGCCUGGCUCAAUGUGACCGGUCUGCCUAUAUUUUCUGUGGAGACUGUAGAGUUAUUGUUCAAUGAUCAUACCCCACUGGGAGCAGAUUGUGUGAAAUCGGACUACAAGGCACAACAAUUGUCGGGCAAACACUGGAUAACAGCUAUCAGGGUAUACUUCACUACGCCGUUCAGUGAGCCUAACCUGGAUCUUUUACCCCCACUACCAGUGUACAUGACCGGCGGAUCAAAGUCGAAAUCGUGCAAUAUUCUUUGAUGGUCUUUGUCAUAACAGCCUGCAGAAAUAGAUAGAACUGUUUUUGACGAAGAAUAUAUCCGACAGCAAUGUUCAGUUCCCAUAUAUGUGGCAGAAAAAGGUCAAAGAAACUCCACUGAGGUCCAAAAGCCUUAAACAUAACUUUUGAAUUUCUUACACAGACCAGUUGGGUCACUUAAAAUAGAAAGCUAUCCUAGUAAAGUUAAGAAAUAUACUCCGAAUAAAUUAAAAAUCUUAUUUUUGUGCUAUUCUUAUAGACAGGACUGAUUUUGAGAAUUUGGCUCCCUAUAAGAUACUAGAGGCAUUUUGUAGUACAAGUGGUAUCUUGGUGUAUUUAACCUAUUUAAGGUAUGCUGAAUCCGAUAAAGGUGGAUACCAAAUUGAAAAACUUGAUCUUGACUAUUGAAAUGGCCAUUUAAAAUGAACACUAAAAUGGACGCCAAAUUUCUUUAUCAUAAAUAGAUGAUAGAGCCUGAAAUUUGUCACAAAGCAUGUUUAGGUAAAAACUAAUUUGACACCAAAACAUAAUUUAAAAAGAAAAACAAUCCAAUA